CACAGAACCGAUUUCGGAUCCAGCAUCUGGGGCAGGGACGGCAGAAAUAAACACGCCAUUGCCUUCUGCUGCAGGGGAGUGGGAAUCUGAACGUGGGUGGUGGUAACCAUCCCCUAAUUGUUGCUAAUCAAGGACGCCAAGUAGGAGCGGUGGCAGCUAACGGCCGUUCCCGCUAGUGUCAAAAGUGGGGCAGACUGUGAUAGUUGUUGCUGAAGCUGUUGGACCAGUCGGGCAAACCUUUUGGGGUUCGGAGGAUGAACUCGCACCUUAUUGAGUGAAACCACUUUGUCAGUGUGGAAGUGCUUUGGAGAAAUAUUUGUGACCAGUAACAUCUAAAGACCAUUUAGGGCCAGCCAUUGCGAUCAGAGGGAAAAAAAUGACAAUGCACAGAGUAUUACUUGCACUUGCUUUGGUGAACAUGCUGCCACUGCUGUGGGCACAGAAUUCUGCUGUGGAUCGCUGGAAUGUACAAGACUAUCCUGAUCCUCAUUCAUAUGACACAUUCAGGUUAUGCCAGCGUGGCAAUCAGUCCAACAUUUGUGACCCCAAUGGCAUUCUCUCCAGGCAGGAAGCCGAUGAAGUGGACAGCUUGAUCAGGAGUGUUUAUCGAGAAACUCGUUGUGGGUGUCGCAGUUGUAUCGAUGAGAGCCGUGGCUACAUCAUUCGUGUUGCACUCAUGCCCCGCAUGCAACGCAUCUUGAGCCAGAACAAUGACACAUAUGCCUUGCUGCACGAUGCAAGACAGUAUGCCUACACUUUGUCACGCCGCUGGAUGAUGAGUGGAUCCUGUAAUGAAUCACUUCUUAUCCUGUUCUCAAAAUUUGAUGGCAUUCUGUACACCUUGACUCUGCCUCAUGCACGUUUAAGGCUGAGUGACCAGCAUGUAAACAGAAUAAUGCUAAAUGUACGCCCACUUUUUGACGACGAUGAUACAGUGGGAGAAGGACUAAAGGAAAUGAUUCUGCGGUACAGGAUGGCAUUGGAGGGAAAGACAGAAGAAGCAGUACGUCCUCAACCUUGGACUGAGAAAAGUACAAGUGGUGCAAGUGGAUUUUCCUCUCCAUCUUUCAUACCUCUUAUCUUGUUUCUUAUGGCUAUUCUCUUCAUUCAGUAAUCAAUAGAAAGAUUUUGAUAGACAUGAGCAUCAAACCCACCAUUUCAUUACAGUUUGCAGUUACUUUAGAAAACAAGAGGACUGUUAAAGUUUAGCCCCCCUGACACCUCCCCCUCGUUCCCCUGGCUAUUUUAACACUCAACCAAUCAAAGCUCCAACCCACCCUUAAGACAAUAAUCAUCAAAGAUUUGAUCACUUCUGGCAGUUGUGUGGUCACAGGAAACCAGUGGUUAUGGGGUUAAUGCUCGAGACAUUUGAACUUUGGUCAUGUUAAGUCCAGACUUGUUUGUCAGUACAUCUGCCAAUACAAUAGGACUUUGGUGCUGUUUGGAGGUUUGGCAUUUAGCCCAAUUGAUACUCCUAAUGCAGUGGACUGAUUGCUUUAAUAGUUGAUUUAAAUCUAUUUGAAUUAAAUGUACAAGAAUCAAUACAAUGCAACUUUAUUAAUCCGCAAGGGCAAUUACAGGUAUGAUGCAACGCCAGCACACUAGAGGGAAGAUUAUGUAGGAGAUUAAAGGGAAUAGAUUCUGGCGACAUACACACA